AUGUCCACAUGCAAUCACUUCCUUGAACUCCCAGAUCAGCUCUGCUACGUUCAAUGCAGCCAUUGCACCACUAUUCUACUGGUGAGUGUCCCAUGCAGCAGUUUGUUGAAGACGGUCACCGUUCGAUGCGGCCAUUGCACGGGUCUCCUCUCCGUUAACGUGAUGAAGGCUUCGUUUGUUCCGCUGCAGCUCCUCGAUUCCCUCAAUAAUGAUGAGCAAAAACAAGACUUAAGUGCUGACUCCCCUCCGAAAACCGGCGAUGGGCCCAACCUGUUCAUGGCCUCUUUGGACGACGAUGAAGAGAAGAUUCCAAUGACCCUAACCGUCAAUAAACCACCGGAGAAGCGGCAACGAGCUCCGUCGGCCUAUAACCGCUUCAUUAAAGAAGAGAUCCAAAGGCUCAAAGCUAGGGAACCAAGCAUGACCCACAAGGAGGCCUUCAGCACAGCUGCUAAAAAUUGGGCCCAUUUCCCUCGUAUUCAUUAUAAAGGAGAUGGAGGGGAGAGCUGCAGUGAGGAGAUAGCAGGGAAGGUGCCCACGACAAUGGAUGGAGAUGUGGAUGAGUUGGUUGGAUUGUGGGUGGAAUCAGGUCUAUUUGGGAUAUUGAAGCGAAGCUCGCCGAUGGCCCCUUUAGGCAGUUAUGCUUUCAAUGCUUGUAUAGAUGCUCCUUGGAGAUGGUGGUUUUUGUUGCGGCUGGGCUUUGUUGCAAGUCUGGGCAAGCCUAGUUUGGUAGUGGAGGAGUUUGGCAGCAAUGCAGUAUUGGAAGGUUAUUAUUAUAGAAGUCCGUUUCUUGGUAGGUUUUUCAGGUUCCGUAUUUCGCUGGCUAUAUAUGCAAUGGGUGCUGCUUUGGUGGAUGCCUGA